AUGCAGAACAUUCUGAUCGCUAUGCGACCACACUGCAGCAGCCACGUCAAGUUCCUGGACGUCAUUCUUUCCUACUAUGGCCGGAACAAAGCCAGUAUCGCUUACAUUGUCGGAGAUAAUUGCUCCGUGAACGGUGCUGUCGCUGAUCAGCUGCAGGUUCCGAUGGUGGGCUGCACCAGCCAUCGUCUGAACCUAGCGGUGAACUUACUUCUCGCUGACGACGACAAGCUACUCGAUAAGGUACAGAAGUUGAUCUACAAGGUGAAAAAUUCGCUGCUGGUGUCUGCAAAAUUACGAUACUUCGAGCUGAAGGCGUUUCUUAGUGACGACGACGAGGACGAGCUAACUGGGCUUCUGCCAACCCGGCGAGAGGAGGAGCAGCUGAAGUCGAUCCUCGGCAAUCUCAAGAUGUUCGAGUCAACCUCGAAGAAGCUGCAAAGUGCAGACGCGGUAACACUACUCGACGUCCGCGACCUCUUUGACGCGCUCAUUGCACAGAAGCCAGAAGUCGCCCACUACCUCGCUGCUGAUGCAGCGAUCGUCAAAAGCCCUGCUUUCGAACGAGCUUGUGUGAGUGUGCUGUUGGGUCGUGAAGGCGCGCUGAGUGACGAACACAAAGGCAGUGCUGGAGCCGCUGGCCGCCCCACUCUCGAGUUCUUCGGAGACAACGUCGCUCGAUGA